CAUCAUUCAUAUUUUUAUAUGGAUUCUGAAGAUUCAAUCAUUCAGCAACAAUUGCAACAACAAAUUGAAAAUAAUCUUAGGAGUAUGGUUGAUAAGCUUGUCGGUACAGAAGAGAAUGCUAAACGCAUUGCUAAUGUUGAAAAUUGUUUUGGUGUAUCCGGUGUGCCAUUACAGAAUCCGGAUCGUGUACUAGUUGGUGAAGGUGUUUUGAAUAAAUUAUGUCGUAAAAAAUUAAAACCAAGGCAGAUAUUUUUAUUCAACGAUAUUCUUGUUUAUGGAUCAAUAAUAAUUAAGAAGAAAAAAUAUGCCCGUCAACAUAUUAUUCCAUUAUCGAAUGUAAAGAUUGAAGAUUAUCCGGAAAAAGAAGAUCAUGCAUGGUUAAUUCGUUCACCAACAAAAUCAUUCAUGUUAUACGCAGCAAGUGAAACGGAAAAACGAGAAUGGAUUAAUCAUAUAAACAUGUGUAUCAAACAUGAACUUGAUAAAAAAGGAAAUUCCGAUUCAAAUAUUGAACAUGCAGCACCAUGGCUACCGGAUAAUCUUUCCAAUCAAUGUAUGCAUUGUAAAAAGACACAAUUUACCGUGAUUAAUCGUCGUCACCAUUGCCGUAAAUGUGGCCUGAUUGUAUGUGGUUCUUGUUCGAAAAAUAAUUAUCUACUCACAAAUAUAAGCUCAAAACCAGUACGUGUUUGUGAUAAAUGUUUUGAUGAAUUAACUAUUCGUGAUCGAAUGGCAAAUAAUGAUUUUGGUCUUGGUAAUGGUGGUAAUUCAUCAUCGAAUGGUCAACAAUCAACUAAUCAUCACCAUAAUAGCAGCAUUGAACAUCAAAAUAGUAAAGAUGAUUCAUCCGAUUCAGACAGUAAUCUUAACAUAAUGGAUUUUAAACCAACUUUCUAUAGCCAACAGUCUUCAAAAAUUUAUUGAUGAUAAAAAAAAAUCAUUUGCAAAUAAUACAAAAUGGAACCAAAAAAAAGCCAAAACGCAGAUGAUAUUUUAAUCGUUCAUUUGCAUGUAAUCACAAGUUCAUCAUCAUCAUGAUCAUAAUCAUAAUCUUCAUUUUAAUUAUUUUUACAUAUUCAUCGAAAAUAAUGGCCAAUUUAAUCAAUCAGAUUUUAAUGCAGAAACAUUGGAUCCAUUUUUUUCAAUAUUUUAUUUUUUAUUCAAUUAUAUUUCAACUAAAACAA